CCGACCCCGACGGCCGACUUUACGGGGAAGACGGUCAUCGUGACGGGCGCGAACACGUGGUUCGGGAAGAACAUAUGACCCGGGUCAAUAGAAAGGUACACAUGGGAGUUAACUCGGUACCCAGUCUAGACGUUUCCAGGUCAAAAAUAACCGCUGCAGCUACCCCGCAUUUGCACCCUGGAAGUUGGAGCCGGAGCUCCGGCCCCGGCCCUGAGCCUCGGUUCUCCAACACGGUUGUGGGGCCACCCCACCACCCGUCCCGGACGGGUAUCCAAUUCCGUCACGAAACUUCAACGUCCACGACAGCCCAAGGUCCUUGAAAGCUCCCUUCUCGAGAAUGUCUUGGACUCCUGUCAUCACACGAGCAGGGCUGAACUGGGCGCUCGACAUCACCGUUCGCGCCAUUGGAAGUUUACCAUCUUGAGCAGGACAUACACACAAUGGCCGGCCAGCCACCCCUGACGGGCCUCAAGGUCAUCGAGUUCGCCGGACUAGCACCAGGCCCCUUCGCCGGCCUCCUACUCUCCGAUGCCGGCGCCUCAGUCCUGCGCAUCGACCGCGCCGUCCCGGGGCACAGCCACACGCCCGGCGCGCCGCCCCCGCCAGCGACAGAGGACAUGCUGACGCGGCACAAGGCGUCGAUAGCAGUCGACCUCAAGUCCGCCGGCGGCGUGGCCCUAGUGCGCUCCCUAGCCCGGCACGCCGACGUGCUGAUCGACCCCUUCCGGCCCGGCGUCCUCGAGCGCCUCGGCCUGGGCCCCGAGGUCCUCGGCGCUGACAACCCGCGCCUCAUCUACGGGCGCAUGACGGGGUUCCGGCGCGACGGGCGGUACCGCGACAUGGCGGGCCACGACAUCAACUACCUCGCCGUGUCGGGUGUCCUGGGCCUGCUGGGCCGCGACGGCGCCAAGCCCACGCCGCCCUGGAACAUCCUCGCCGACUUCGCCGGCGGCGGCGCGACGCUGUUCCAGGGCGUCCUCCUCGCCGUCGUGGCGCGCCAGCGCACGGGGCGCGGCCAGGUCGUUGAGGCCAACAUGGUGGACGGCGCCUCGUACCUGGCCACGUUCCCGCGCAUGGCCCUCAAGACAGACCUGGGCGCGCACCCGCGCGGCCGGAACCUGCUCGACACGGGGUGCCCGUACUACGACACGUACGAGACCGCCGACGGCGGCUACAUGGCCGUCGGGGCCAUCGAGCCCAAGUUCUUCGCCUUGCUCGUCGAGGGGCUCGGGCUCGGCGGCCAGGGCUGGGAGCAGGGCAGGCGGCACGACCGCGCGCAGUGGCCCGAGCUGAGGAGGCGGCUCGAGGGCGCGUUCAAGAGCCGCACGCGCGCCGAGUGGGAGGCCGUCUUCGACGGCACCGACGCCUGCUGCACGCCUGUGUACGAGUACCCCGAGCUGGAGCGCGGCGGGGAGGGCGACGGCGGCCGUGCUGAGGGAGACCAGCGGCCCGCCGUCACGCUGAGGGACACGCCGUGCCUGGCGGUCCGGCCCGACGCCUCCGACCCCAGCCACGGGCAGGGCCCUGGCGUCGAGGGCGGGGGCUAUGUCGGGGUUCCUCUCGCGCCGGGGCAGGGCGGCGAGGAGGUCCUCCAGCAGUGGCUUGGGUGGUCCAAGGGGAGGGAUUUCGACGUGCAAGACGGUGGGUUGGUCCUGGCUGGGAAGGCGAAGCUCUGA